AACAAGAGAAAUCAAUUGUUUGUAUCUUGACUUUAUGAAGUACUAAGAUCAGAAUGUUAAAGUUUCGUUUACAAUUAAGUUGCUCUGUACCCGUUUGGAUUAAUCCCCUAAAUUAGUAAAUGUAACUCUCCCUUAAGAUAAAUUUAGUCGAGCAAGGAACUUGAUUGUAACAUGGGGGCCUGUCCGGGAACAUAUUUUCUUUUUCUCAUCAUAACAAUGUCCAGGAAUCAAUUGUAACAUAGCUGCUUGACCUGACUUCAUUAUUUUGGAUAUAUUUUAUGCAGCAAGAGUUCUGUGAGAAUAUUGUUACAGUGUAUUUGGAAGUUUGCAGCAUACAUAAUUAGAUAUCUAGAGUCACCAUGCCUGCUUUUGAUCUUGCUAAAUUUAUUGAUGAGCCUUCAGCUGAACUGUUGUGUGAGGCAAAGAAGAAUGACUGGAUUGAGAUUGCAAACUAUUACCAAAUUGCUAUUAAUAGUUCUUGGAGAAAAGCUGAAAUAAAAGAGACAGUUUUAAAGCAUUUAGUAUUGCAAGGUCUCUUAGAUAGUAAGGAUGUUUUGCCUCUACAAGAAACAGAGGGUAUUUUUGAUAGAGAAUUAAGACUGAAAGAAAUUGAGUUGGAGUUGGCUAAAUUGGAAGAUAAAGAAAAAGAACGUAAAUUUCAGUUGGAAAUUUUUGAGCGGCAGUCUGCUGCUGCAACGCCUGUUAUACCAGGUGGGCACGUUCUUGGUUUUGAUAUUGCUAGUGUGAUUAAAUUUGUACCUCCAUUUUAUGAAGAUGACCCACAAGAGUUUUUCCUUCAGUUUGAACAUGUUGCAAGUAAUCUCUCAUGGCCAACUCAAUUUUGGUCAUUAUUAGUACAGUCAGUCCUUAAAGGGAAGGGGCGUUCCACUUACCUAGCAUUAGAAAGUUCACAGCAGAGAGAUUAUAAUGUAGUAAAAGAGGCAGUGUUAAAGUCUUAUAGACUUACUCCAGAAUUCUACAGAACUAAAUUCAGACAAUGUAAUAAAGAAUCCAGUCAGUCUUUUGUUGAAUAUUCUCACAUGUUGAAGAAAUUAUUUAAUCGUUGGAUGUCAGCCAGCAAAGCUUCUAAGUAUGAUGACAUAUGUGAAAUAAUCAUGUUGGAACAGUAUAUUGGGGGAGUACCACAAGAUGUGCGUGUUUAUCUUCUUGAGAAAGAAGUAGAUUCUGUUGAGAGAGCCGCAUGGUUAGCGGAAAAUUAUAGUUUAGUUCAUACACCAAAGAAAAUUGGUUAUGUUAGACCUCACCAUGUUUCAAACGUUUCCCAUGAUCAGAGUCAAAGGAGACCUGAUUUUGUUAAGCCUGAUCUAGCCAGGAAAGGCUUUAGAGUGUCUAGUAGUAGUCCAAAUUCAAGUAAAUGGGAUGGGACUUGUUUUUAUUGUAAAACUUUUGGUCACAGAAUUCGAGAUUGUCCCAAGCUUAAAAACAAGGAGCAUAAAGCAGUCGCUAGUAAUGUUGUUGUGCCAAAACCUGAGAAUAAAAGGUUGUCUGAUGUUGGUGAUUCACAUGAUUUAUGUGCACCAUAUAAGUUUAAUGGGUCAGUUUCAGUAGACUCUGAUGGAGUUCCAAAUCCUGUUCUCAUUCUGAGAGACACUGCUGGUGUGAUGAGUAUGGCAUUGAAAAGUGCGGUACCAUUUUGGGAGGAUGUACUCACAGGCCAGUAUGUUUUAGUUAAAGGAAUUGGAGGUGUGGAGAGGUCACCUUUGUGUAAGGUGUACUUGAAGUCAGAGUUCGUGGAAAAGUCAGUUUUAGUGGCUAUUGCUGAUAAGUUACCUCAUGAAGGGGUAGACUUUCUGUUGUGUAAUGAUAUUGCAGGUGAUCGCUGGGGUCCUAAUGUCAUUGUGUGCUCCAAACCUUUGGAAGUUGAUCCACUAAAAUAUGAAUCUAUAGAUAGUCCUGAGCUAUUUCCUGUCUGUGCAGUAACCAGAAGUAAAGCCAAGGAUUUAGUAGUUGAAAGCCAAAAAUUUCAUUCUUUAGCCAGUAACCUUUCUGAGAAGGAACAAGAUGACAUUGGUUUGAAGGAUAUUUUUGAAUGUCAUAAAGUGGAUGAUGUUAAAACAGUAAAGUUAAGUGCUUCAGAUUCAGGUGUUGUAAGUAAAGAAGAAAGUGGGGAAGAUGAAUUAUCUGAUGAACCUUUGACAUGUAAAAAAAUUAUUGAAGCCCAGAAAUCUGACCAUACCCUAAAUCAUUUGUUCAGAUUAGUAUUGAGUGAUGAAGAGCUUGUGAAAGAACAAACGGGCUAUUAUGUGAAAAAUGGAAUUUUGAUGCGCAAGUACCGUCCUUCAGACGAACCUGCCUGGAAUACCUGGAGUGUACUAUAUCAAAUAGUUGUACCAAAAUGCUUUCGAUAUAAAGUAAUGGGUCUUGCCCAUGAAUUUGUGGGAGGACAUUUAGGAGUCAAGAAGACUCUUAACAAAAUUACUUCUCAUUUUUAUUGGCCAGGUAUCUCUUCUGAUGUUUCUGAAUUUUGUCGAUCAUGUGCUAUAUGUCAGUUAGUUGGCAAACCAAAUCAGAUAAUUCCUCCUGCACCUUUAGAACCGAUUCCCGUUAUUAAUGAUCCUUUUAGCAAAGUUAUUAUUGACUGUGUUGGUCCUAUGCCAAAAACCAAGCGGGGAAAUCAGUUCUUAUUGACUAUCAUGUGUUGUAGUACUAGGUAUCCAGAUGCAAUUCCCCUACGUAGUAUCACAGCAAAAACUGUUGUUCCAGCCCUGACUAAUUUUUUUACUAUAUUUGGAUUCCCAAAGGUAUUGCAAUCUGACCAAGGAUCAAAUUUCACUUCUAAAUUAUUCAAGGAUGUCAUGAAGGAAUGGGGAGUGAUGCAACAGUUUUCCACUAUAUAUCAUCCUGAAAGUCAAGGUGCUCUUGAACGUUUUUACCAAACCUUUAAGUGUAUGUUAACAAAAUUUUGUAAAGAGAAUAACAAGGAUUGGGAUGACAGCGUGCCUUUUGUGUUGUAUGCUGCUAGGUCAGCAAAACAAGAAAGUCUAGGAUAUAGUCCAAAUGAAUUAUUGUUUGGUAAAAAUAUUCAUGGGCCCAUAGAUAUGUUAUCUGAAAGUUUGAUUGAUGAGAAAAAUGAAUUUAACCUUUGUGAUUAUGUAAUAAAAUUAAGAGAUAGGUUGUCUAAGGUGCGUGAAAAAUUUAAAUGUAGCACAGACAAAAAUGAAGAGGGUUUAUGAUAAGAAUGCUAAGUAUAGGCAUUUUGAAAUCGGUGACAAAGUGCUUUUGUUCUUGCCUUGUAGAAAGCAACCUCUCCAAGCUAGAUUUGAGGGUCCCUAUAAAGUGCUUGAAAAGGUGAAUGAUUUAAAUUAUGUGAUAAGUACCCC